CUAAUCUUCAUCUUCACAUUCAGAGUCUCUACAAACAGAUCGAUAGAAGAAGUCUAGAACGAUGUCUUCUUGGGACGAUGGAUCACACGCAAAGGUGAAGAAAGUGGAGCUAACGUUCGAUGACAUCAUCUACUCAAUCAAGGUCACGUACGACGGAGCCACCGCUCUUCAAUCCCAGCUUCGUGGCUCCGUUGGGCCCAAAUCUGGCGGGUUCACUUUGGCUCCGGACGAGUACAUAACGGCCGUUUCUGCUUACGGCAAAUCGUUGGCUACGCAAGAAGUUAUUACGGCGUUGACUUUCACAACCAACAAGGGGUCUUAUGGACCUUACGGUAACAAAUCCGGUUUCCAGAUUUCUGCUCCUGAGGCCACCGGUAAACAGAUCGCCGGUUUCCUUGGAACCAGCGGCAAUGUUCUCAACACCAUCGACGUUCACUACGCUCCCAUUCCCACCGGAGGAACUGGCACCGGAGGAACUGGUACUGGAGGAACUGGCACCGAAGGAACUGGUACAGGAGGAACAGGCACCGGAGGAACUGGUACCGGAGGAACUGGCACCGGAGGAACUGGCACCGGAGGAACUGGUGGCACCGGAGGAACUGGUGGAACCGGAGGAACAGGCACUGAAGGAACUGGUACAGGAGGAACAGGCACCGGAGGAACUGGUACCGGAGGAACUGGCACCGGAGGAACUGGCACCGGAGGAACUGGUGGCACCGGAGGAACUGGCACCGGAGGAACUGGUGGCACCGGAGGAACUGGCGGCACCGGAGGAACUGGCACCGGUUCAGGUGCCCAGAAAUUGGAUGCACAAGGCAGCACUGGAGGCACAGCUUGGGACGAUGGAUCCAAUUACGAUGGCCUAACAAAAAUAUACGUAAGAUCCGGUGGGGAAGGUAUUCAAUACGUCAAGUUUGACUAUGUGAAAGAUGGACAAAAACAAGAAAGUGCCCUACACGGUCAACAAAGCAGAGGUUCAACAACAGAGAUUUUGAUUAACCAUCCGGAUGAAUAUCUUGUUUCCGUUGAGGGUUGGUAUGAUUCCGUCAUCCUAGGAAUCCAAUUCAAAACCAACUUGAAAACUUCUGACUUCAUCGGGUAUGAAUUCGAUGGUAGUGGUACUAAAUUUACUCUUCAAGUUCAAGACAAGAAGAUCAGUGGAUUUCACGGUUUCGCCAGCACCCAUCUUAAUUCCAUUGGAGCUUAUUUCGUUCCAAAAUCUUCCACCACUACUCCUACAGUCCCUGCGAAGAAGCUGACCGCAGAAGGUGGUGAGACUGGAGCUGUAUGGGACGAUGGUGCUCACGAUGAUGUUAAAAAAGUUUAUGUAGGACAAGGACAAGAUGGUGUUGGAGCUGUCAAGUUUGAAUACAAGAAUGGUUCUCAGGUUGUUUUUGGAGAUGAACAUGGAAAGAAAACAUUGCUAGGAUACGAAGAGUUUGAGCUUGAAUCAGAUGAAUACAUAACAUCCGUGGAAGGAACCUACGACAAAAUCUUCGGGACCGAUAGUGCUGUAGUGACGAUGCUGAUUUUCAAGACUAGCAAGAACAAAACAGCUGGACCGUUUGGGCUUGAAGGUAGCACACGGUUUGUAUUCAAGGAGGAUGGUUACAAGAUCACUGGGUUCCACGGACGAGCUGGUGACUAUAUUAAUGCUAUUGGAGCUUAUUUAGCUCCAUCAGGCACCACCCCUUUGACUCCUGCAACACAAGCCCAAAAGCUAGAAGGAGCUGGUAGUGAGGGAGGAACUUUAUGGGAUGAUGGUGCUUUCGACGGUGUAAGAAAGGUGUCUGUAGGACAAGCCCAAGAUGGUAUUGGAGCGGUCACGUUUGUGUAUGACAAAGCAGCUCAGGUUGUAGUAGGAAACGAACAUGGAAAAACCACAUUGCUUGGAUAUGAAGAGUUGGAGCUUGACUAUCCAAGUGAAUACAUUACGGCAGUUGAUGGCACCUACGAUACAAUCUUUGGGAGUGAAAAAUCAGUCGUAACUAUGCUUAGGUUCACGACUAAUAAGCAAAAAUCUAUGCCUUUUGGAUUGGAAGCUGGCACGCCCUUCAUAUUCCAAAAGGAAGGCCACAAGAUCGUUGGCUUCCAUGGAAGAGCCGGUGAUCUACUUCACAAAUUUGGAGUCCAUGUCGCACCAAUCACCAAGUGAUCAUGGAGAUCUUAAGUAUCUUUUGAUGAUGGUUUACAUACUUUGAAUAAGCUGAUUCUACUUUAUUUCUCGCUGUUUGUUUACUGCUUCAGUGUUUUAAAUCUUUUCUUUGUCUUGUUGUUGUGUCUUUCAUGGGUUUUUGUGAUCCAAUUUAAUAAAAGAAGUUUGUUCAA